AUGGUAUCCAACGGUAAAACCAACGGCAACGAGCGGAGCAUAACCGGACGGGAACUCCGACCUGUUGAAGGACUUCAGAUACGUGUACUUGACGAUCCACGCUUAGUUGAACGCAUCCGCGUUUUAGAUGGGUAUUGCUUGCCUAUUAAGUACGGGGACCACUACUAUGACACGUACGUGCGGCCUUGUGCUCACAGGUAUAGCCAAAUUGCCCUCUUUCACGACAUGCUUGUGGGGAGUUGUACCUGUAGACUUGAGCGCACUGAGGAUGAGGAUGAGUUUUUUCUCUAUAUCAUGACGAUUGCAGUACUUGAGCCGUAUCGGCGGCUCGGUGUUGGUAGUCGGUUGCUUGAGAGCGUCCUACGUGCAGUGGCUAGCGAGACGAAGGUACGCGUCCGGCAGGUGACGUUGCAUAUGCAGGUGAGUUCUCCAGUGAUUGAAUUUUACAAAACGUUUGGGUUUGAAGUAAUGGAAAGAGUGCCAGACUACUAUACAAACUUGGACGAAUGUGACGCCUACCUCCUCCGCAAGGUGAUUGACCAACCCCAUCUUGAGUCAAAGCAACAUCAAAAUCGAAAAGCAAAGGGGGGUGCUGGAAAGGGUGGGAAGGCGAAGUGA